CGUCAUCAAACACAGACCCGGAUGUCAGAGAUGGCCGGAAAGAAGAUUGGGAUUUUGGUCGAAUUUAACUAUGAGGACUUAGAGAUAUGGUAUCCAUUAUUGAGGUUUCGUGAAGAUGGCAUGGAAACGUUUACUGUUGGCCCUGAGAAAGACAAGGUGUACCAGUCAAAAAAGGGAUAUCCAUGCAAGUGUGACAGGUCAAUAGAAACUAUCACAGACAAAGAUCUAGAUGCUCUAAUCAUCCCCGGUGGAUUUGCACCAGACUAUUGGAGACGAGAUAAACGAUUUGUUGAUUUGGCAGCCAACAUGGUUCGGUCAGGAAAGCCUGUAGGGUCAAUAUGCCAUGGACCUUGGCUUCUAUGUUCUGCAAAUGUGCUGAAAGACAAGAAGGUGACUUGCUUUCAUUCCAUUAAGGAUGAUGUUAUCAAUGCAGGUGGACUAUAUGAAGACGCUCCUGUUGUCGUGGAUGGCAACUUGAUUACAUCUCGAGUUCCCAAUGAUCUCCCACAGUUCUGUAAAGCAAUUCUGGCACAGCUGAAAGCUUGAAUUUUCUAACCUCUUUUUAAGUACACAUGAAAACUACAUAUGGGUAGCUGCAGAAUGCAUGCAUAAUUUGCAUCGUAAAUUGUUAGGUAACUUAGUUUGCAUACUUUUGUUAUCUCAACAACUGGUUUUGCAAUUGCUAUACGUGUACUGAAGUUUUACAAACGCCAGAACCUCUGGGACAAGUAUUAGAAACUUCAGCUUUCAUGUACAAUCAUAGAACUUUGUAAUAAUUAAGUUCUCUAGGAUUGUUGUCUCGGUUUAGAAUCAGCUUGAC